AUGCCCACCAUUGUAAGACCUCGCCCUGAAAAAGUCGGCCUCAACACCGACAAAGCGGUCCAUUCCUCCGCAGCACUCCUCAAGCAAACCUCCACAGCAUGGACAGUCGACAAAGCCCAAGUAACAGACUACGGCGUACAAACCAACAAACGCAUCGGUCCUGAGAACCGAGCCGUCCUCCGCACCUCCUUCUCCUACCUAGAUGAAACGCCGCGUUCCAUCGUACCCUACGGCAACGGCUUCGUAGACGGCAUCAUUCGUGCGUUUCAACAAGACCUACACUUGGUUCUACGCCCCGACGAUGUGUGGCUCGCGAUAUUAACACAGUUUUCAUUCUACGUCAAUGGGGCGUCUGACGAACUACGAGACAAGUUUGUCGACCAUGACGGCAAAAAGACUAUAUGCGUGGAUGUUACACCCCAGAAAUUUGAGGACGUUGACAUUGGAAAGCUGAGCGUGCAGUUUACGCAGGCCAUGAAGAAACAAGUCAAAGAUGGAGACGAAUUCGUAGACUGGCUGCUACCUAAAUUCAGUACCACGACGGAGACAGACGAAGCCGUAGCUGCAAUAAUGCUCAUGAGCACCAUGAAGUCGUACUUUGAGUAUCUCAUGCUCUGCGGCUGUGGUUUCCCCAGCGUCACAUUACAAGGCUCACGAGACGACUGGGUCGAUAUACGCAACCGUAUACCUCGCUUCGCAGACUAUGGCACCGACGCCAAAGAGUGGAGUGUGUAUCUGGAGAAGAUUCUGGAUAAGAUGAUUCUCAGCUUCGACGAGCCAGAGAGUAGGGACGUCAGGGACUUUUGGAUGAAUGUGCGUCAUGCGGCUGGGCAUGAUGGAUCGAUGGACAUGCGCACCAUGUCAGGCUGGAUUACGGCAUUUUGCUUCUGGACGCAGGAGGGGAAGAGGAACCGCGGGUAUGAGGAUGAGGUUUUGUAUGCGCGGGGAGAGUCAGGGGUGGAUAGGAGGAGGUUGGUGUUGGAUGGGGUGAGGUUUCCGGUGAUGCAUUGGAAGGCUGUGACGAGGGGGGUUGCGGAGGUUGGUGUUACGGUGGUGGAUUUGAGGGGGGAGAGGAUGGAGACGACGGUUGUUGCUGGGAGUGUUGGAGUUGAGGGCGUUGGUGGUGGUGAUGGAGGUGGUGAUGUUGUUGGUGAUAGGGUCGGAGGUGGAGCGAUCGGGGUGGUGAGGCCGGUGAGUGGGUGGUGGAUGUUGUUGGAUAGGAUUGAAAAGUUGUGA